UUUCGUGGGUAGGUGUCAAAUAAGCAACACCUGAUUUGUGUCAUAUAAAAUUAUUUAUUAAAAAAAAAUAGUUUGUAUAUAUAUUAUAAACAAUUUUGGCAAUAAUUCAAUAAAUAGUAACUUGAUUCACAAUAUAUUGUGUGGACAGCUCUUGUGGAUGACUACCUUGUGAUAUAAUUGUACUGACCUGCCACUCGACCUUUGCACCCUGACUUUUUGAAUUUGACACUGUCACUUGGAGCACUAAAACCAUGGACACAUUGAACACCAUCCUGGAGGCACAGAAGACCCUUGAGGUGUCAUUCAAUAAGCGGUUCCGUGAGCUGGAUGAGAAAUUAAAAACUGCAUCGCCUCAAACUCAUCCCACAAUAAGCAGCCUUAACAAAGAGGUAAGCACCUUCAGGGAGCAAAUGUCAGCCAUGCUCGAGCUCCUCCGGCAACAGAUCCUCAGCAUUCACCGGACUGUUGAUGCUAUUGAGACGCGACACCGCCGUAAGAACUUGCUGCUCAGUGGGGUUCCAGAGGUUGCAGGUGAAGAUGUUGCAGCGACUGUCACCGCUAUCUGCCAAAAUGAUCUUCAUCUGCCCGAGGUGACCCGUUCGUCCAUCUUGGUUUGUCACAGGCUAGGAUCUGGGACUAAUGGCAGACCCAGAGCCGUCCUGGUCCGCUUCACUAGCCUCCUGACUCGCAAUGCAGUUUGGAUGAAGAAAACAGCCCUCAAAGGAUCUCCGGUUGUCAUAUCUGAGUUUCUCACAAAGCAGCGACAAACUGUAUUUAUGGAGGCUCGCAAGCACUUCGGGAUGCGCCAGGUGUGGACCAGAGAUGGCACCAUCCAUAUUAAGUUGACCAGCGGAAAGAAGGAGCGCCUGUCGUCGGCUGAGGCGCUUCAAGCGUUGAUUGAAAAGCACCCCAGCAACCUGCAGCGUGCAGCCCCCGCGGUCGAGGUGCCUGAACCGGCGGGACCAGAAGCCUCCGCGCCGGCGGUGCUGUCCGGCGUGGCCUCUUCGGCCGCUACAUUGGAGAAACGGGCCAAGCGCGGCUGCUAAUAGAGGAGUUGUGUCGGUUUUAUUUCGUUGUGUUUAGUU